AUGGCAUCGCAGAAAGCACGACAUCAACUAUGCAGAUCAUGCCAAAGACAUCUAAAAUUGGAGCCAAAGCCGGACGAGGCAGAAGCGCAGGCUUUCGACUUGCAAAGCCACCUUGCGGCCGCAACAUUUUUUCUUCUGGGCACCAGCGACAAGAGUGUGAAUGCUGAUGUAUAUGUUCAUGAUGCAAGUACAACUGACUUGAAUGUACCACGAGACAGUUACAGGAUUGGUCCACCCGACAGUUUGCUAGUGCCAAUUUUCCGACUCUACUGUUUUCAAAAUGGUCAGUAUGCCGCGUUAUUGCCGGAUGCGCCCGCAGCAGUAUCGCAGCAGGAGCCAGCAUUGAUGCGUGUAAGCAGCUGUUCCAGCCAAGAGACGCAAGAUGUCUUUGGAACGGCAGAUGCAGGGAGUAGCGAGCCCAGCGCCAAUAUGGAACAAAUGCGCGAGAUUUUGCAGCGCUUUUGUGACAGCCGGGGCGCAAAGGUGCAAAUCAGUAAAGCAGACGUUCGUUGUUUGCAAGAAGCGUGGUCAGACAGGGAUGCAGAAGGUGCAGGACAAACACUGGCAGGAACUUCGACCUCAGCUGCCACAAACCACGAAGGCGAGCACCUGCCGCCGACUGUGCCCAUCCAACCAAAUGCUGCAGAUAGCAAGGACGAUAGCAAAGAAUCCUCUGGACAAUCAACUGAUGAAGGAGGUUCUGGCAUGGAAGACCGUAAGUCUGGGCACAUGCACGCAGAAGGAAUAGCAAUGAAGCGAACCGAGGGCGAUGAUGGCGAUAUCUACCUUUU